GACAGUCACCACCUAUCCAACUGUUCGACUUCCCUUUGUUCUCGAUUCCUUCUGGAGUUUCACCAUCGCAAUGUUUCGUCCAGUAGUCAGACGCGCCGUCGCGCAGGCCUCGCGCAGCAGCGCCCCAUCGCGGAGAUUUCUAAGCACAGCACCUCCGCAUGAGAAGUCGCGAAGCUGGAAGAACUCGGCCGUGAGAUGGACUUUGGCCGGUGCUCUGGUCUACUAUUACAACACUAGUAAUGCCUUCGCCGAGGAGCCUUCUUAUGUCAGACACGCCCCUCCGGAGACACAGAUUGAGUCCGAGACUCUUCCCACACUCGAUGCUGUAACAGCAAAACGUCAAGCUGUCCAGGCUCAGGCCAAGGCCGAUGCAGACGCCGAUCUCAAGAAGGUUGCCGCCGCUACUACCGACGCCGCACACAAGGCCCGUGAAGCCACCACAAACGCUCCCGUACCGGAACCUGAGGACGGUGCUGUUCCCGGAUCGCCGCAAGAUCUGGAGGAGGAGGCUGGCCAGCAGGGUGCAUUCAACGAGGAGACUGGCGAGAUCAAUUGGGAUUGCCCAUGCCUUGGUGGUAUGGCCUACGGCCCUUGCGGCGAGCAAUUCAGAGAGGCUUUCAGCUGCUUUGUUUUCUCCAAGGAAGAGCCCAAGGGUAUGGACUGCAUUGAAAAGUUCAAGGACAUGCAAAACUGCUUCCGCGAGCACCCCGACGUCUAUGGCGCAGAGCUUGAGGACGACGUCGAGACCGAGGCCAGAGAGCAAGAUGCUGCCAGCCAAUCUAGCCAGCCCAAACAGCCCGAGUCCAACCCCGAUGCUGAGAAGGUCGCCGAUAGAGAACCCGACCACCCCGAGACCAUCCAAGCAAAGAGAGAUCGCUCUAACGCUGCAAGCGAGCAGGUCAAGCGCGAUCACGGUUUGAUGAGCGAGUCCGACAGCCUGGUCCCCAAGGCCGCACACGACGCUACCGGACAAGAAAGCAAGGGCGCCAAAUAAGCCAAUUCUGCCCACAGAUACCAUGUACAUUACGCAUUGGGGCAUGUAACUAUAUUAGGCAUGUAGAAUACAAGGCACAAUACCAGCCUGG